AUGCCGAUGCCGCUCGACCGCCAACCGCCGCUCCGCCUCGUCGCCGUCGCGGCCGACGUGCGUCGUGCGCGGUCGCUGGCGGCGAGUGUGGCGUCGGCGUUUGACGCGGCGGAACCGGUGCUGGUGGCGACGGUGGCCGAGGCCCUGGCUGCGCUGCGUCGCGAGCCGUUCGACGCUCUGGUGGCGUUGCACGAGCCGCCAAUGGUCGACGCCUUGGUCCUCGCCCGCGCGUUGCGUGGGGCAGGGGACGAAACGCCGGUCGCGAUUCUUGGCGCUGCGCGGGCGAUCGACCUGGAAGCGGCGGCUUGGAACGCGGGCGCCGAUGAGUACGCCUGUCUUGCCGAGACGACCGCCGCCCAACUCGCCGGCCGGAUGCGGCGGGCGAUUGAGGCGCGCGAGCGGCUCCGUCAGAUGCGGCGGGCGUUGCUCGCCGAGCAACAGCAGCUCACCCGCGACGAAGAGCAGUCCCGGCGGCUCGUCGAGUCGCAGCAGCGUUUGGUGGCGGAGUUGCGGAUGCUUCCUGAUCAGCCGCCGGCCAAUGUCGUGACGACACUCCGACUCAAUCGCGACGCGGGCGCCGCUUACUCCGAUCUUGUACGGCGGGCGGUGGUUUCCGGCUCGCCACGGAGCGACGAACUGACGCGACUCGCGGAUGACCUCGCCGACGUGGGCAUCACCGGCCCGCGGCUCUUGGAGCUGCAUCUGGCGGCGGUGAAUGACACGGUCGCCGGACUGGCCCCUCGGGCGGCCCAGGCGGUCCGUGACGAGGCCGAUCGGCUCCUCUUUGAAGCGGUCGUUCACUUGGCCGAGGCUUACCGGGCCGACCGCGGCGACGACGCCACCACCGUCGCCGAACUCCGUCAGCUUGUCGAAGACUUCGUCGCCGAGCGCGACUGGUCGCGUUAUCAUUCGCCAAAGAACCUGGCGAUGUCGAUCGCGAUCGAAGCGGCCGAGCUGAUGGAGCACUUUCAGUGGCUCGACCCGGCCGAAGCCCAGGCCGUCGUCGCCGACCCAACAAAGCGUGCCGCCGCCGCAGAAGAACUGGCCGAUGUGGUGGGCUACUGCUUCGCGAUGUCGGGCGCGCUGGGCGUGGACCUCUCGCAAACCGUGCGGGCCAAAAUGCGCCGCAACCAUGAGAAGUACCCGGCGGCGGUGUUCCGCGGGAAGCCGAGUUAUGAGCGCCCGAAGGAUUAG